AUGUCUGUACCUUCAAUCAAGGAAGAAUCUGUACAGCCUAUCUCUUUGCCAGGCCAUUCUGUCGAGUCCGAUAUAUCGGAACCUGAGAACCAACCUUCAAAGCAGGCGACACCGCCACCGCCGCCGAAUGGGGGGUCUGUUGCUUGGCUUCAAGUAGUAGGAGCUUUCUUUUUAUUUUUCAAUUCCUGGGGGGUUGUCAACACGUUUGGCGUCUUUCAAAGCUAUUAUGAAGACAUCCUUCUACUCAAGUACUCGGCCUCCUCGAUCUCAUGGAUUGGGACUGUUCAAGGUUUCUUGCUCUUGAUGGCGGGAAUAAUUGUCGGCCCCAUUUUUGACAAAGGGCAUCUCAGGCCACUUUUGUUGCUAGGUACAUUUCUUGUCGUGUUUGGCUUAAUGAUGACUUCCCUGUCGACCAAAUACUACCAAGUUUUCCUAGCUCAGGGCCUAGUUGUGGGAGUUGGGUGUGCUUUCUUGUUUCUGCCAAGUGUGGCUGUUGUGGCUACAUACUUCACAUCGCGGCGUGCAUUAGCUACUGGGAUCACAGCGGCAGGAGGCAGCAUCGGCUCAGUUAUCUACCCCAUAAUAUUCCACAAGCUUAUCGACCGUCUCGGAUUUGGCUGGACAACUCGCAUCAUCGCCUUCAUUGCACUCGGCACCUUGUGCGUCUCGGUUGCAGUAAUGAAAUCCCGUCUGCCACCUCCGAAGCAGUCUCGAUCCAUGCUCGACCCCUCUGCCCUCAAAGAACCUCCAUUUGUGAUCUUCAGUUUGGGUCUAUUCUUUUCCUUUACCGGGCUUUAUUUUCCAUUCUUCUACCUUCCCACAUACUUCACAACCUUCCUCCACUCCAACAGCAACAUCGCCUUCUACACUAUCGCCAUUCUCAACGCUGCCUCUGUCUUUGGCCGGAUAGCCCCUGGCCUGAUCGCAGACCGUAUCGGCUCGCUGAACACAGCCCUGCCAAUUACCUUCAUGGCAGCCGUGUUAGCGUUUGCAUGGAUCGGAAUCCGCAAUGAGCCUGGCACAAUCGUGUUUGCCUGUCUGUAUGGGUUUGCCUCGGGCGCCACAGUUUCCCUGCCCCCUACCAUUCUCGCUAGACUUACCCCCGAUAUGAGCGUCGUCGGAACUCGAAUGGGGAUGUGCUUCGCCUUCGCGGCUCUGGGGCUGCUUAUCGGAAAUCCGAUUGCAGGGGCGCUGUUGAACCUAGAACAUGCGAUUUUCUGGAAGGCGCAGCUUUUCAGUGCCUUAAUGGUCGGUGUAGGGACGCUUUUUUUCGCGGUGCUACGAAUUCUUAAGUGGAAGCAGGAAGCAGUGUGGAAAUUUUAA